AGCCACUUGAGCUGCACAAUGCCCACGGAAUCAAGGCUGUUAACCAGAGACUAAUACCAACAGUAUCGUGGGGGCCAAAUCUCGCUGCAUCACGAAACAACCGCCAGCCAACCAGGCCGUCAAUGGCUGGAUAGCAGCGGCGGAGAAACCUGUUAUCUUCCCCACUUCAGCUCACCAGUUGGCUGUGUUCUCCUUCCCUCCAGCAACUCUCUCCUCGUCUCUUUCCAACGCUAGGGCGUCGUUUAAUCACACUCUCUAAAAGAUGCGACUAGUAACCAACCAGGAGCUAAACGAACAUCGGGAGCCGGGCUGCUUGGCUGUUCUCACUGACCGAAAGUACUUACACGUGGGAAACUCGUGCAUCAAACGAACGCUCCGGCGGCAUGAAUGGAUAUCAAGCCGGGUAUCACCACCUUCGACCUUUCCCCAGCGGUGGAAGAACGACGCUGCCAUCCUCCAGUACCUUGCCACUCACACAAAUAUCCCGGUGCCGCGCCUUCAGUGCGUCUUCGAGGACGACGGAGCCUUUUACCACUGCACCGAGCUCGUCGAGGGAGUUACGAUGGACAGCCUGAGCGAGGGGGACAAAAAGGUCGUUAUACAGGAGCUGCUGCAGCAUGUCACGACCCUAAAAUCUCUGCGGUCUGACACCCCCGGCGUGCCUGGCGUGCGCGAAGCCGGCGGCAAAGCGGCCCCGUCGCUGCUCUGCGCGCCUGAACGUAUUUCCAAUCUCCAUUGGAAGCCCAACAGCUGCUGGCAGCCUCGGGGCAGUGUCAGAGGGGAUUUUGUCUUCUGCCACAACGACCUCGCGCAGCACAACGUGAUCGUGGACCGUGACACACUGAAAAUCAAAGCCAUCAUCGACUGGGAGUUUGGGGGCUUCUGGCCCGAGUGGUUUGAGCGGCCUUACUGGCAGCGGCCUGGUUCUAGCUGUGCCCUCGAGGGUGAGGAGGAUGACACGCAGCGUUGUCGCGACUGGCUUGUGAGCUACUGUGACGAGGUCGUGAUGCCCUACUUGCCGACUCUGCACGAAAAGCUUGGGAUUCCGAUCCGCGACGACCGAGGACUUACCUAUGGUUUGCCGGAUUCUCAGAGGAGAGAGACAACGUCGAUCAGCGAGGACGGCGCCGAGUCGACAAGUCGCGACCUAGGUCAGAACACGUAUUGAUGAGUAGAAAAGGAAUCUGGGAUUGGAAACUGGGGAGGUGAUGUCGUGGAGUCAUGCUCAGGAAGAAUGGGCGGAUAAUAGAGAAGACAAGUCAUGCAUCUGAAACUUGAGGUCCCUCCCCAUUUUUUUUUGUUUUUUUUUUAUUUUUAUUUUUUUGGUACCCAAGCUGGACCAGCCAGUGGCAAUGUUAUUCUGUUUUCCGCCUCGCAUGUUCAGUCCACUCAACUGCAGUCGACUAGCG